CUUCCUUUACAGGAUUUUAAUGAAGUCAGCGGAUACAUAGAUCGGUGCUAGCAGCAAUGGCGAGUGUAAACCUAUCAGAUUCUGACAGUGAAGAUGAGAGACCAAUGCUGGGUGGUAAUUCAUUUGUCUCAUCGAAAAAACACAAAAUGGAAGACAUGGGAAUAUUUCAUGCAGAAGGACCUCCUCAGAAAAAAACUAAAAAAGACAAAGGCAGUAGCUACACAGAAAAAGCUAAAAGGAUGAUGGCAUUGAUGGGAUACCAAGCAGGAAAAGGUUUGGGUAAAAAUGAACAGGGUAGAACAGAAAUCGUAGAGGCAUCUAAACAAAAGGGUCGCAGAGGUUUGGGUCUCCAUCUUGCAGCUCUUGAGGCCGAUGAGAAUGCAGAGUGGGACUUUGAGGCAGAAUCUAUAACUAUAGAGGAAACAGCUGACUGGCUCCCACGUUGUGAACAGGCAGUACCCGACAUUGAGACACUGAGAGACUGGAAAGUUAUUGGUCCUAAAAAGCGAACCAUUGAUGAUGAAACAAAGUUUUGUGAUGAAGAUGUUCUGAGAGGUAUUUUGAAUAGCAAGUCUGUGUUUGAUGAACUUGAACCAGAGGAGAUGAGGAGAGCCAGAACCAAGUCCAACCCAUAUGAAACAAUAAGAGGAGUGUUCUUCCAGAACCGGGCAGCUAUGAAGAUGGCAAACAUGGAUGCUGUACUGGAUUUUAUGUUUACAAAACCUGAAACAGUAGACGGGAAAUCUCUGAUCAACCCUGGUGAGCUGCUGUACUUUGCAGACAUCUGUGCAGGACCUGGAGGAUUCAGUGAGUACAUUCUCUGGAGGACUAAAGGGGAUGCUAAAGGCUUUGGAAUGACCCUUAAAGGCGCCUGUGACUUUAAGUUAGAAGAGUUCUUUGCUGGUCCAGCUGAGAUGUUUGAACCUCACUAUGGUGUAGGAGGGAUGGAAGGAGAUGGUGACAUUUUCAACCCAGCUAAUCAGGCAGAAUUCAUCAAGUUUGUACAUGAGAGCACAGAGGGACUAGGCGUCCAUUUUGUCAUGGCAGAUGGAGGUUUUUCAGUGGAGGGACAAGAAAACAUACAGGAAAUUCUGUCAAAGCAGUUGUAUUUAUGUCAGUUCCUAGUGGCAAUAUCAAUCCUUAGAACAGGUGGACACUUUGUGUGUAAGCUGUUUGACCUGUUUACCCCCUUUAGUAUGGGGUUGGUAUAUUUGAUGUAUCGUAUAUUUGACCGUGUGUCAAUCUUUAAACCUGUCACCAGCAGACCAGCCAACUCAGAAAGGUACAUUGUAUGCCGGAACCUGAAAGAGGACCGAGAACCUGUUCGGCAAUACAUGCAUGAGAUCAACCUUGACCUUAACAAGUUGAUGUCAUCCUUGUCAGUGGCGGAUGUUAAUGAGAUUGUACCAGAUUCAGUACUGGAGGAGGAUGCGGAGUUUUUCCAGUACAUGUAUGAAUCCAAUGUGCUACUUGGUAGAGUACAGAUCACAAGCCUGAGGAAGAUACAGACAUUUACACAGAACAGUGAUCUGUAUGAGGGACGUCAAUCAGACAUUCGACGGCAGUGUUUGGAGCGCUGGGAGGUACCUGAUGAAGUCAGAUCAGCUCCGAGUAAAGAGGACCCCUACAGAAAGUUUCAGGAAAUCACACAGGAUGAAGAUGAAGAUUUCUUCGAGCGUUCGGUCACCCACCUAACACAUGAAAGUCUGGCAGCUAUAAAAACACCUUAUGACUACAGAUGUUAUGUGGUUGGAGGACUAGAGAGGAAGCGAUGGUAUAUAUUAGGGCUAGGGAGGUCCCAUGUGUUCAAAUGGGAUGGAAACCCUAAAACUAAAUGGAGGAAGAUGGAAGAAAAUAUGAGAAUUGAGCUUCCUUACAAGACUCUCAUUGAAGUAGAGUUUGUACAGGAGUUAAAAGGGGAGGGUAUGGGGCAGAAGAGACUGAUGACACUUCAUGCACUAGAUGCCUUGUUUCUGUAUGGGAAGGAUGUUAGGAACUUGCACUUCAAUGAGCGAAUGGAAAAGCUGAAGAAAUUUGUGAAGUCCAUCAACAAACCUACAAGGUCAGACCUGGUCCAGAUUGUGGUGCCCAACAUCUUCAGACUAGAACACAUUGAACAGAUAUUUGAAAGAUUAGCCAUGAAGAAGGUGAAGGGCUCGAGUCAGCCCAGACUGUGUUACUCUCCUCCGGACAGACAAGAUGGCCGAAGUUUUCUACCUACAGGUGUCUGCUUUGUCAAGACUUGUAAAGAUCCAUGGACAAUAGCUCUAAGUAGAUCACAAGGAAGGAAAUAUUUCUAUAAUCUUCUCACCAAAGAAUCAAAGUUUGAAAUUCCAAGAGAAAGCAUAGCCUCUGUGAGGGACACCAAGCUGAACACAUGGUGGUGGGUAUGGGAGGAGGGAGUGAAGAUCCAUGACAGCCAGUCGUUUUAUCCACAUGCAGACAAGGUGUCAAAGGAAGAACUUGUCAAUGUCAUCCACGGACUAUUAGAGAGACUAACUGGUCAUCGAUGAUCCAUCCAACGGUCAGAGCUGACAACUGAACAUGAAUGGUAAAACAUUCACUGGACCGUGCUGAAAACUAGCCAGCCCAGUGCUUACAGAUGACCAGCCAUGGGAGCACAUGCAUAAAAUCUGAAAUGAAUACUCAUUUGGGGAGAAACUGUACUCAUUCAUUAGGAACCUGUUAGGUCAGACGAAAUGUGUCAGUGCUACAUGCUGUGAAUAUCAAAUACAUUGGUUUGGUGUAGAAACUUUACUUUUUAUCAGUAAUUUUAUUUUAAAACUUUGAAACAUGAUUAGGUACAUAUUUAGUUCUGUAGGCAGGUUAUUUAUGAUUAUGGAGGUAUUUUAUGAUUAUAUCGGUAUAUGUGUGACCACGGAAGGCAUUAAAUGAUAUUGUCUUCAAUCGGUAGCUCUGUGGCAACAGACUUAGUUAAAAGAUAACAUAACUUUACAUGUGCAGCUGUAGACUUGUCACAAGAUAUCGGUAUAAUGAAGCUCCUCAUGAAGCUGGAUGAAUGUAGCUUUACAUUUAGAUAGUAAAUCAUACAGUGUUAGACAUUACAUGUAUAUGUAGUUCCAUACCAGUAGGAAUACAAACGUUGUUCGGAGGAUGACCAAUGUCCGAUUUUUGUAAUUGUUAGCGGAUAUAGCUUCUUAACUUGUCUUCAGAUAUUAUUAGAUGGCUUAGGAGUGAAUUCCUAAGUUAUGAGGUGAUCACGUAGCUGUAAGACUGCUACAUAGACACAAUUAGGUGGCACCACGGUUGUAACGCUAAGGAUGUCGUUAGGUGGUCCUAAAGCAGAGACUGCAGAGGACAUUGGAAGGCAGCUAUAAUGCUCUGUGUCAAUGUCAUUAGAAACUAGGAGACUGCUGACGUCAUUAUAAUGUGGUCUUACAGCUGCAGAAGUGUUAGCAUCGCUAGAAGGUGGUCCUAAAGCUGUGGGACUGUUGACAUCAUAAGAAGGUAGUCCUAAAGCUGUCAGACUGUUGACAUCGUUAGAAGGUGGUCCUAAAGCUGUAAGACUGUUGACAUCGUUAGAAGGUGGUCCUAAAAUUGUAAGACUGUUGACAUCGUUAGAAUGUGGUCCUAAAACUGUAAGACUAUUGACAUCGUUAGAAGGUGGUCCUAAAACUGUAAGACUGUUGACAUCGUUAGAAGGUGGUCCUAAAAUUGUAAGACUGUUGACAUCGUUAGAAGGUGGUCCUGAAGAUGAGGGACUGUUGACAUCAUUUGAAGUUGGUCCUAAAGAUGAAGGAAUACUUACAUCGGUAGAAGCAGGUUCUGAAUUGGAGACUGCAGACAACGUUGAUAGUCCUCUAACCGUUGAACUGCUAUGAUUGUUAGAAGAUGGUCCUAAAUCUGAGACUGCAGAUGUUGUUAGAUUGCCCUAAAGUUUUGGGACAGUAGACGGAUUUCGAUUGUCCUUAAGUCAUCGUCGUUUAAAGUUUAUCCUAAAGCUGUCAGACUGUUGACACAAGUCUCAAUGAACAAUUUCAUAAACUACGACAAAUCUCAAUGAACAAUUUCUAUCCUAAGUAAAUCGUUCACAUUCUCGCCAACCGGGUAUUUUGUUUCUACAGAUUCAGCGCACCUGUCAACAACAUUAUAAUUCAUACUCAAGAUUGGUUAAAUGAGGGUGAAUUAAAAACGAACAAAAGACCAAAGCAUCACAUGUUACGGAAGGUAAAGCGUCUUCUGCUUCAUUGACGUUGUGUUGAGAUUCUAAAGCUGUGAGACUAUGGACGACAUUAGAAAGCUACCCUAAAGCUAGGAGACUGUUCGUGACAUUAGAAUGUGGUCCUGAAUCUGUGAGACUUCGGACGUCAUUAAAAAGUUAUCCUGAAGCUUUUGAAUUGUGACUGUGGUCAGGUAACUUUGUAGUUGAGAUUGCGAACGUUUUAAGAAGGCAUCCUAAAGCUGUGAAACUGUGAACGAUAUCAGAAUGUGUCCUGAUUCUGUGAGACUACCGACGUAAUUAAAAUGUGAUCCUAAAGCGUUGAGACUGCAGAUAUUGUUAGAAGGCAGUCCUAAAGUUAUGAGAAUGCGGAUGUGGUUACAGAUACCAAAUAUAGCUUCCUAGUUGUGUAAGUUUGCAAAUAAUUUUAGAUGACCCAUAGUUGUGAGAAUGUGGUCUUGUUUUUGACUGAAAAAUAGAUGUCUAAGAAGAGAGGAAAUAAUAUGAGUGCGUGUGGAUAUCAGAAAAAAUAAAGCAACAAUUGAAAUAUGAUCUCCUUUAAUACAUUUAGCUUGAGUUUUAAAAUAAAUGAAAUGUUAAAUUCUU